UGAACCAAUAAUUUUUUUUUUUUAAAAGAAGAAAAAAAGAAUAAAGAAAUGAUUUUUGGUUAGUAUUGACAUCUUGAAAAUUUAAACACACACAUAUAUAUGAAAUCUUGAAAAUAUAAUGGAUCAGUUAAUUGGAUCCAUUUUUGUUGUGAUGGAUGAUGAUAUAGAGAAAGCGUAGUUCGGCAUCGGAGUACAUGCAGGCGGCGGUGAAUUACAUCGAACAGAUGCAUAGCAAUUUGAAGGAGCUGAGUUGGAGAGAUCUAGAAGAGGCCAUGGCUGCAGCUAGCUCAUCAUCACCGUCGCCGGGGUAUGUCUCCGUGAGCGGUUGCCGGGACGGCGGUUUGGAGAUCCUGGUUGACACCGGCUGCAAACUAGAGGAGAGAUUUCCCCUAUCAACACUGCUCAGAACCCUAUUAAAUGAAGGGGUUGAGGUUGAGAGCUUUUCCACAACAACCAGCCAUGGCAGGCUGCUCCACAGACUUCAUUCCAAGGUAUGUGGAGAAAUAUGUGUUGAUGUUGGGGGCUUGCAACAGAAGCAGAGUGGUGUAUUAAAUGCAUCUCGAUCCAAUGUUUCGAGGGUAUGCACCGAGUAAAUAUAAUAUCGUCUUAUGACCUAAUUAGUAAUGGAUAACAAGAAGGUAAUUAGCCUAAGUUGUCCAUAGUUAAUAGAGAUACUCAAACUAUGAAGCUAAAGUUAAUAGGCUCGAUCUCUCAACACAGCUUCACUAGUUUGCCAGUUUUAGUGGUUUCUUGAUGUAUACAAAGCUAAGGUAGGUUCGGAGUACCAGAUCAGAUCAGAUAGGCUCUCUCUUAUGUCCCUAUCCUAGCUAAAAGAUGAAAAUUAAACAUUAUAUAUAGAUAUUUUGUAGCUAAGGUACUGAAUUGUUUUCCCAGUUGUGCGUUGUUAGUUAUUCUUCCAGGAAUUGAAUUCUUUGUUGAAUUGAAGCUCUCUGAUCUGUGGUUAAUUUGUUAUUUAUUCCAGUAUGUCUCAGCUCUCUGUGAUAUAUAUGAUGCAAAAGUAUAAUGUAUAUAAUCUUAAGUUGCUGAGUUUUAGUUUUUGAGGUUGGAAAA